CUAUUUUUGAGUAACGCGCCAGCCACAUCACGUGAUGUAGUAACCCGGAUUACUGUAAACGUCCCUGAUAAUAUCAUUUUGUCCUUCAUGUUCUAUGCUUAUUCUGUCUUCCGCUUCCUGUGCGCCACAACUCAACCACAUUGUUUUCGACCGCAAGUGUGGGUGGUGUAGCAACACCCCUCUCAAACGGCAGUCGAACAAGAACACAAUCGAUUUCACUAGGAGAGAAGUCACUCAGACGCCUGCAUGUCGGUCACAAUCAACCUGGGCUCGAGCGACGAGCGCUCAGUGCGGGUGCCCAUCGCCGGUGGCCUGGAAUCUCUCCUGGAGAAUGUCCGACAGUCGUUGGAGGUCGAGAAAGGCGUCGAUGCACCGCGGCAUAUACAGCUGCGCACGCUCAAUGGCAGUCUCCUGACUGAGGAGAACUACGGUGGUCUCACCGAUGGUGACUCAUUGGAGGUUCUCGUCGUUCAGGCCGCGCGCAUGCCUCCUCUCCAGCUGCUUUCUAAUUCUGAAAAGGAAGAGGAGGAGGAGGAGCCGCCCACCAAACACUCGCGUCUUUCGACGGACUUCUCACCUGACUGGUCAAAUAAUCCGUCGACUGUUAGCCUGCAGAGUGCGGUUGUUGAUUCCGUGCGGACUCCGUUGUCUGGUAGUUUGUUGUCGAGUCCUAGUGUUGCUUUGACGAGCAGCGCGUUUGCUAGUCAGACUUUUACGUUUCCGGUUGCGCCGGUGGUUGCGCUGCCGAGUCCUCUCUGUGCGUCGGAGUUCGGAUAUCUGCAAGUGCCGCUGACGCCGAGCAGUGGUGGUGCGUUUAUUUUGCCCAGUUUAGUUCCUGUCAGUCCCUCUUUCACAUCUGGACCUGUGGCUGCUGCUCAAGUGAUUGUGUCUAGUAAUGCUGGUGGUGGUGAUGCGUAUCAGAGUCAAUCUCAUGUUGCUUCUGGAAGUAAACAGCAAGGCAAGGACAUUGAUCUACAUCUGCCAGAGGUGCCUGUUGAGAGUCUGUUUCCUGAUCAAGCCACUUUGUCUGAAAAGCUUGCUUAUAUGAAGUAUCUGGAAGAGCAUCCUGAGAGAAAAUUGAGUUUCUGUGACUAUCAGGAGGAAUUUUCACAGACAAACUCUCGUAUUUCUCGGCCGAGAAGCAACAGUAUUCAUCGGACAGAUUCUCAAGUUAUGUCAACUCUGAAUGCUCGAUUAAGACAAAGGGUUGCUGGGGCAAUGCAGAGGAGAAGGUCAGAAGCAGAUAUUGGUCGAAAACUGAAUGGCACGGCUGCUCCACCUUUGGUAAAAACACCAGCUGUAGAGAUUUCAGUUGAUGCCAAACGACGGAAACCAAGGCGACGCACUAGUAUUGCUGAAAUGCAAGUAGGGACAGUCAAUGAGAGUGGAAAACCUGUAGCAUCAAACAGUCCUAGUUCAACACCUGGUCCUCCUCCAUCUCUCAUACCUGCUCAUUUGGUAAGUCAAACUGUAACUUCAGAGGAAAUGCUUGUCCCAGCACCAGCCGGUGAAGUGGAAGUUGAGAUUAUGGAGGAGAAAAGUAGUCAGAAACCUGUGAGGAGAUUUCCUUCUAAUGGAACGUUAUCAGAGAAACUAGCAUAUUUGAAAUGGAGAGAAUCAGUCGACGAAGAGGAUGAGGAUGAUUUGGGGUAUCAGAAGUCUGCAGCAGGUGGGGUGAGGGUAGCUAUUCCACAAAUCAGAGAUCAACAUAAUUCACCUAUAUCAGCGUUUGCCGAGCCUUGAGCCUUUGGUGGACAUGUACAUGCUUUCAUUACAGUCUAAUUUAGUCAUACCGAGAGAUCUUCUAAUGAUUGUCUAUAAUAGAGAUAAGUAGGUUUAUUAUUUGUCACUGUACACAAGAUGUAGAGAGGAUGAAAGAACUAUUACACAGAACAAGGCAA